AUGAGCGCGUUGGCCGGGUCUAUACCCAGGAUGAUGCGACCGACUCUGGCCCAGAACUACCGCGGCGGCUUCCCAUUGGAAGUGUCCACGCCGCUCGGUCAGGGCCGCGUGAACCAGCUCGGCGGUGUCUUCAUCAACGGCCGCCCGCUCCCGAACCACAUCCGGCACAAGAUCGUGGAGAUGGCGCAUCACGGCGUCCGUCCGUGCGUCAUCUCACGUCAGCUGCGCGUCUCCCACGGCUGCGUCUCCAAGAUCCUCUGCCGCUACCAGGAGACGGGCUCCAUACGACCCGGGGCCAUCGGGGGAAGCAAGCCCAAGCAGGGAGCCACACCGGAUAUUGAGAAACACAUCGAGGACUACAAACGCCACAGUCCGGCCAUGUUCAGCUGGGAGAUCAGGGACCGGCUGCUGAAGGAGGGUAUAUGCGACCGCAACACCGUCCCGUCAGUGAGCGCCAUCAGCCGCAUCCUCAGGAGUAAGUUUGGAGGGAAAUGUGAUGAAGAGGAGGACGAAGAGGAGCUGGAGAAGAAGGAAUUGGAGGAGAGCGAGCGUCGAGCCAAGCACAGCAUCGAGGGCAUCCUCGGCGACCGCUGUGAGUACUGA